GACCAAGGAAAGGUUAAUUUUGUCUUUCCAUAAUGGAACUACCAACAUCUGUUGAAUUAAUACGAUUUUUUUGUUUCCUUCUUAUAUAAAUCUUAUAAGCUUAACUCAUCCACAUGGACCACAUCAAACAGCAUUAGCCAAAAAACCAAGAAAUUUCUGCUGGAGAAAAAAGAAAAUGAAGCUUUGGAGCUCAAGAUUAUCAUUUCUCGUCCUCGUGAUAAUUUUCUUCGCCGGACGUCAUCUUUCCUCAGACGCCCGCAAGCUUCCUAGCAUGACGGUCACGGAGGAGUUUCAAGAACAGUUCCGACAGCUAAGAUAUGAUGGUGAGAGAAUGCUAUCGGAAGUGAGAACCGGCGAGAAGAACGAUCAGAUCUACGGAGUUUCAGUUAGAGAAGUUCCGGAGGGUCCAAACCCGCUUCACAACAAAUGAUUCGUUACAUAUUAUUUGAUUUAUGUCUGGUUUUUUAUUUGAGGAAAAAAAUUCUCAGUUUUCUUGUCUCAACAAAUUAUUAGUAUGUAUGAUAGACACACACAUAGAAACUUUGUAUUUAAAUUUAUUACAUACGACGUUCAGAUCAUGUAUCUAUCAGUUGAUUUUCGUUUUGUGGUAACUAUACAUAAGAAGAAAGAUAAGCUAGUUUAAGUUUAUUGUUAUAUAUAUAUAUAUCAUUAUAUGAUUAUGAGAGAUGUAACAAGAAUAUUUUGAUUAUGAUCAAUAUAAUAAAUCUGCCAUACUAGUUUGUCA